AUGAGUUCAAGUGACAAGCUGAACCUCACGCUGUUCAUCUUGCUGGUGCUGUGCAUCAGUGGGGGCUCAGCCAUUAGCUCCAUUGACCCAGAAUGGCCGGGAGAAGGGAAGUGUCAACAAAUCAGCAUCCCUCUGUGUAAGGACAUUGGCUACAACAUGACUCGCAUGCCAAAUCUCAUGGGCCACGACAACCAAAUAGAAGCAGCAAUGAAGCUGCAAGAAUUCGCAACGCUGAUCCAGUUUGGAUGCCACAGUCAUCUCAGAUUUUUUCUUUGUUCGCUUUACGCCCCCAUGUGCACAGAGCAGGUGUCCAACCCCAUCCCUGCUUGCAGAGUUAUGUGUGAACAGGUCAAAGUGAAGUGCUCCCCUAUUUUGGAACAGUUUAAAUUUCCCUGGCCGGACUCGCUGGACUGCUCACGGCUCCCCACUAAAAAUGACCCCAACUACCUCUGCAUGGAGGCACCCAACAACGGCUCUGACGAGCCCCCCAAAGUCUCACACACUCAGCCGCCAGAUUUCAGACUGCACCGUCCCAUAAAUGGACCGGACCUGCACCUGAAGGACACCGACAACAGAAAGGCGUGCAGCAAAUCUGGCAAGUUUCACUACGUUGAAAAAAGCGAGUCAUGUGCCCCAAAAUGUUACCCCAAAGUGGAUGUAUACUGGAGUCAAGGAGAUAAGCAGUUCUCCUUGGUAUGGAUCGCCGUCUGGUCCAUCCUGUGCUUUGUCUCCAGUGCUUUCACCGUGCUGACGUUCCUCAUAGACCCCCAGCGCUUCAAAUACCCAGAGAGGCCCAUUAUCUUCCUCUCCAUGUCCUACUGUGUUUACUCUGUUGGCUACCUCGUCCGACUUUUCGUGGGCGCUGACAGAAUCGCUUGUGACAGAGACAACGGGGUCCAGUAUGUCAUCCAAGAGGGUCUGGAGAGCACCGGCUGCACUAUUGUGUUCCUCAUCCUAUAUUAUUUUGGCAUGGCAAGUUCCCUUUGGUGGGUUAUCUUGACCUUGACAUGGUUUCUGGCCGCUGGAAAGAAGUGGGGUCACGAGGCCAUUGAAGCCAACAGCAGCUAUUUCCACUUAGCGGCGUGGGCCAUCCCAGCUGUGAAGACCAUCAUGAUCCUGGUGAUGAGGAAGGUGGCGGGAGAUGAGCUGACAGGUGUUUGCUACGUGAGCAGCAUGGACGUCAAAGCUCUCACGGGCUUCGUGCUCAUUCCUCUCUCCUGCUACCUUAUCACCGGUACUUCCUUUCUCCUGUCUGGCUUUGUGGCACUCUUCAACAUCAGGAAGAUCAUGAAAACAGAAGGAGAGAAUACAGACAAGCUGGAGAAGCUGAUGGUUCGCAUCGGGGUCUUUUCAGUGCUUUACACAGUACCGGCCACGUGCGUCAUCGCCUGCUACUUCUACGAGCGACUCAACAUGGACUACUGGCGUAUUCUAGCUACGGACAAAAAAUGUAAGGAGAACAGUGGGCAAGAGUCUGAGUGCCUUUUGAAGACGUCCAUCCCUGCCGUUGAGGUCUUCAUGGUUAAGAUCUUCAUGCUGCUAGUGGUUGGCAUCACCAGCGGCAUGUGGAUCUGGACCUCUAAGACCCUACAGUCGUGGCAGAAUGUGUUCAGCAGGAAACUAAAAAAGCGGACGAGAAGGAAGGCAAGCAGCGUAUUUACCAGCAGUCGGCCUUACAUGAAACCUCACCCAUCUCUCAAAGGGCACACCACUAAGUAUGAACCCACACGGCCCCCUCCCACAUGCGUAUGA